AUGGUACGCUCAUUUGAACAAGGGAUCCCUGCCUGGGUCUAUGUGGGCACCCUGCUCCUAUUAAUCCACUCUGUCACAGUUAGAGGAGCUCCCAUGAAGCAGGAGGUAGCAUUAGACAACGGGGCCACGGUGCUGAAUCACUCCAUGAGCUUGGUGCAGCGUAUGGAGGCCCUGCUGGCCAUGGGGAACAGCAGUGAUGUCACUCUCCGGGUGCAAACCAUCAACACGGAUGAGGUGAAGGUGAUCCAGGCCCACAGCCUGGUUCUCACAAUGCAGAGUGACGUGUUUGAGGAACUGCUGCUCAGCCGCAAUAACAGCGCUGUGGUUUUGAGGGAGACGCCCGACUGUGCAGCUGUCUUUGACAAGUUUGUCAGGUAUCUGUACUGUGGUGACAUCUCAGUGCGGCUAGAUCAGGCCAUUUCCCUGCACAAGCUGGCCAGCAAGUACCAUGUGUGGGGCUUGCAACAGGGUCUGACCCAAUAUAUGACCCAACAUCUGUCUAGUGAUUCGCCCACAGGCCACGUGGUUGGCUGGUAUAAUUAUGCGCUACAAACUGGGGACAUGGCCCUGAGGGACAGCUGCCUGCAGUACCUGUCCUGGAACCUAUCUUCUGUGCUGCAGAGCGGAGAAUGGGGCUCCAUCAGUGAAGACCUGCUCCUCUCCUUGCUCCAGCGCUCUGACCUCAUUCUGCAAAGUGAGCUCGAGCUCUACGAGGCCCUGGAGGCCUGGAUUAGCCAGAACCAGCCUGUCAGUACAACAGUGGAAAGUGCCCUAAAGGCUGUUCGAUAUGGCAUGAUCCCCCCUCAGCACCUCUUCCGUCUUCAGAAGCAAUCCCCCCUUAUGCUGAAGUAUUACGAGUCCAUCCGUGAUCUACUCUACCUGGCUUUCCAAUUUCACUCCGCCUCACCAAUCCAGCUGGCCAAGUACUUUGAUGUCAACUGCAGUAUUUUCACUCCUCGUAACUACCUGUCCUCCUCCUGGGGUUCCCCUUGGGUCAUCAAUAACCCCACCCGUGAUGACCGCAGUUUCAGCUUCCAGACCCAGCUCGGGCCCAGCGGCCAUGACUCCAGUAAAAGAGUAACUUGGAACGCCCUGUUCUCCCCUCGCUGGCUGCCUCUCAGUGCCAGGUCAACUUAUACUGAGCUGGGCGCCAUGCAGCCUACACGCACAGACGGAGGUCGACCUCGCAUCAUUGUUACACCAGCCACUUCCAGCCCAGACUUUGCUGGUGUGAGUUUCCAGAAGACCGUGAUUGUGAUGGCAAAACAACAAGGAAAAGUGGUGGUUCGCCAUGUCUACAACUUCCACCAAAGCACGGAGGAGGCUGGGGAUUUCCUGCUGGAUGCUGACCUGCAGCGCCGUGCAUCAGAGUACCUAAUUGACAGCUCCCUCUAUCUGCACAUUGUAAUAAAACCCCUCUAUCAUACCCUCCUUGUUGCCAGGAAGUAA